AUGAUGCAAGCAUUCAAGAGCCCAAAGCAACAAGCAAAUGAGGAUACUUUGCAUCUGUUCGCCACCUUUCUUUUUGGUCUCGUGGUUUUAAACUUCGUAGCUCAUCGGCUGCGUGAGGCUUGCAACAAGAAUCCAUGCUCCAAUUCCGCCCAGGGCCUAAAUGGCUACGGGCGACGGGCGUGUGUUGAAUUCUUCCGAAAGUUGGAGAAACGUAUUGAUUGGGGAUGGUUUGGAAGGCCCUGUUUCGGCUUCAUCGCCAUGGUCAUUGUCUACCUCGCCGUAAAUGUCACUCUCUGCACAACCAACAUCGUCAUGAGGAACCUACUCAAUCAUUGGGCCUCUAGAUUUGGAUGGAUUUGCGCCGCGAAUAUGACGCUGAGUGUGUUUUUGGGCACGAAAAACACACCUUUAACUCCGAUGGCAGGCGUGUCACAUGCACAGCUCAACAUUUUGCACCGAAUCGUGGGAUAUACUGCCGUCUUCUUACUCGCACUGCACGCCAUCUUCUACACGAUACACUUCCAUCGCCACGGCAAAUUGGCUAGCUUGCUGAAAGUAGAAGACCUAGCUGGCAUCGGCGCCGCCACCGGCAUGGUAGUUCUGUUCAUGGGCAUUCUAAGACACCGGAACUACAAGGUCUUUUAUAUUAGUCACAUCGCAGGCUUCGUGACCGCCGUUAUCCUGACGGGGCUGCAUAGACCAAACUGGGCAAAGAGAAUACCAGCGUUGAUGAGCUUCGCGUUCGGAAUCUGGCUUCUGGAUCGCAUGAUCCGAGCCUUUGGGAUGCUUUACAACCUCAUCAACAAUUCUGCCACCUUCUUUCCCCUCCCGGGUGGUGGAACGCGCCUGCUUCUCAGAAAGCCAGGUGCCCAGGCAGCCUUGCCGGGGUCUCACUGCUUUCUCUGGAUUCCUCGGGUUCGUCUCUAUGAAAACCAUCCGUUCACAAUUGUCAGCAAUGGCCCCUCCGGCUUAGAGCUUGUCAUGAAAUCGCACCAGGGAUUUACCAAAGCUGUUAGCGACUUUGCCGUACGCCACCCUAAUUCUACGGCUUGGGCUUCGGUUGAUGGGCCAUAUGGAGUUUGUCCUAAUACAGACAACUAUGAAAAGCUGAUCUUCAUUGCUGGUGGAAGUGGGGCUGCUUUUACAUUUGGUCUCAUGAAUCGAGUUCUGGGACAGUCCGAGCCGCCUAAACUCCAAUCCGUUGAGUUUAUAUGGACUGUAAGACGUUCAGAUCAUCUCAAGUGGUUCCACGAACACCUCAGCACCCUCUUGAAGAUGGGGCCAGCCGUAAAAGUAUCGCUCUUUGUUACGAAUGAAGAGCCGACAUCAAGCUCAAUAGCCACUCAAUCCGAUGCCCCAUGCGGUAUUGUAAGUCAGCUACUGUCUCGAAACGAGAUUCCCAGCUACGGGGCUGUUUCGACUGUGGACGACACAAGUAGUCUGGUGGCCCGAACAAACGGCCACGAAGUCGACCAGGCUUUCAACCAACAUUUCAUGAGAAUGGAUAUAGAUUUGAUAGUCAGCGAUGCUAUACAGUCUGUCGAGAGCUGUCAAAGAGUCUUAAUGGUGACUUGCGGCCCAGAAUCGCUCAUGGAUGCCGUAAGGGAUUCAGCGGAAAGUUGGCGGAAGAAGCGAGACCUCCGGAUAGAUGUUCACUGCGAGGCCUUCUAG